ACCCCAUUGACAAAGAAACAAGUGCGCAGAACGCUCAGAAGUCAUUCUUAUUUGUUCUCCAGUUUAUAAAUAUAUUGUCGUAUAAAAUACAUAUUUGAUUCUUUAUUAAGGGUAAAAUCGUCUUGGUGCGUGAGUAGCUUAGCUCGUUUGUUAGCUUAGCUCGCUAGUUAGCUUAGCUCGCUAGUUAGCUUAGCUCGCUAGUUAGCUUAGCUUGUUAGCUGCUAACAGAAGUUAUCAACACAUCGCUAAGUAGAGCUCAAGUGUGAGAGUAAAGUGUGGUGAUUGUGUGAAAAUGUCUACAUUACAAAUGUUGAGAGCGUUGGUGGAUCAGCGACUAACUGCUGCCGCUGAAGAAAUAUUUGUAGUGUUAGAAAGAACGAUAGCAGAAUACGAGGCGGAACUUUCUAGAACAAAAGAGGAGAAUAAUCGACUACUGGACGCUGUUUUCAAGAAACAUCAAGUUGUGUCACACAGAACAGACGUCGAUGAAGAACAUUUUCUCUAUGAGCAGCAGCAGGAACCACUGCCCCCCCACAUAAAAGAGGAACAACUCAUUAAAGAGGAAGCGAUGGAACAAAGCAUCAGUCAGGAGGGAGAGGACAUUGAAGGACUGGUGGAGUUCCCAGUGACUGGUGUCCCUGUGAAGUGUGAAGAUGAUGAGGUCAAAGGUAAAGGUGAGGAGAGGGGAGGGGCGGAGCCUCCAAGCAGCAGCUCAACACAACACAUGACAACAGAAGCUGAUGGAGACCACUGUGGAGGAUCACAAGCAGACAAGCUCUUAGCUCCUCUAUCAGAUAAUGACACUGAUGAUGAAGACUCUACAGAUGAUAAGACAUGUCACACUGACAACACUCACUUGAAAGGUUUUGACCUCGAAAAGUCUCUAAAUAGACACAUGAAAAUUGACACUGGAGAGAAAUCAUUUCCGUGCUCAGUGUGUAGUAAAAUAUUCUGUAUAAAAGGAGACCUGAUAAAACACGCAAGAAUACAUACUCAAGAGGAACCUUUUUCCUGUUCAGUGUGCGGGACAACUUUUGUUAGAAAGGGCAGUUUAAAAAACCACAUGAGAAUACACACUGUAGAGAAACCUUUUUUGUGUUCUGUGUGUGACUCACGUUUUGCUCAAAGGCAAAAUUUGAAAAACCACAUGAGAAUACACACUGGAGAAAAACCUUUCUCGUGUCCUGAGUUUGACUCAAGUCUUGUACGAAGUCAAAACUUGAAAAAACACGUGACGGUACACACAGGCGAGAAACCUUUUUCCUGCUCAAUCUGCGGUGUAUGUUUUUCAAGGAAAGAAACGUUGACACAUCACAUGACAGUACACCCCAGGGGGAAAACUUUUCCCUGUUCAAUCUGUGGUGUAUGUUUUUCAAGGAAUCGCGAUUUGACCAUUCACAUGAGAAGACACACAGGAGAAAGACCUUUUUCAUGUUCUAUGUGUGAUUCAAGUUUUGUACGAAGUCAAGAGUUGAAAAAACACAUGACAGUACACACAGGAGAGAAGCCUUUUUCCUGUUCAAUCUGUGGCGUAUGUUUUUCAAGAGGGGACAGUUUGAUAGAACACACGAGAAGACACACUGGGGAAAAAGUGUUGAGUUGCAGUGUGUGUGAUGAAAGAUUCUCUUAUAAAUACCAACUCAACAAACACAAGUGUGCUGGUGAGAACAGCAGCAGUAAAAUAGAAAAGCGCUCCGCAGACCUCCACCAGGCCUAAUCUCCCAGUUGUAAAGAAUCAUUCAAAAGAAGGCUGAAUCCAAACACAUACAUUUAAUCGCUUGUUCCCAUUUCUGACAAGUCCUGAAAGUUUCAUUAACAUCCGACCACAAUUUUCUAUUGUGUUACUAACUACCUGACGAUUAUACAAACCACAAAUUACUUUAUUUGACAUCACAUGGACAAAGAUAAGACCUUCUAGAGGAAAGUUCUGUGGUCAGAUGAAACAAAAAUGGAGCUGUUUGGCCACAAUACCCAGCAACAUGUUUGGAGGAGAAAAGGUGAGGCCUUUAAUCCCAGGAACACCAAUUCCUACCGUCAAGCAUGGUGGUGGUAGUAUUAUGCUCUGGGUCUGUUUUGCUGCCAAUGGAACUGGUGCUUUACAGAGAGUAAAUGGGACAAUGAAAAAGGAGGAUUACCUCCAAAUUCUUCAGGACAAGCUAAAAUCAUCAGCCUGGAGGUUGGGUCUUGGGCGCAGAUUGGUGUUCCAACAGGACAAUGACCCCAAACACAUGUCAAAAGUGGUAAAUGAAUGGAUAAAUCAGGCUAGAAUUAAUGUUUUAGAAUGGCCUUCCCAAAGUCCUGACUUCAGCGUGUGGACAAUGCUGAAGAAACAAGUCCAUGUCAGAAAAACCAACAAAUUUAGCUGAACUGCACCAAUUUUGUCAAGAGGAGUGGUCAAAAAUUCAAGCAGAAGCUUGUGGAUGGCUACAAAAAGCACCUUAUUGCAGGUAAACUUGCCAAGGGACAUGUACGGUAAGCAAAUAUUAACAUUGCUGUAUGUAUACUUUUGACCCAGCACAUUUGCUCACAUUUUCAGUAGACCCAUAAUAAAUUCAUAAAAGAAGCAAACUUCAUGAAUGUUUUUUGUGACCAACAAGUAUGUGCUCCAAUCACUCUAUCACAAAAAAAUAAGUGCUGUAAAAAUGAUUGGAAACUCAAGACAUCCAUGACAUUAUGUCCUUCACAAGUGUAUGCAAAAUUUUGACCACGACUGUAAAUAUUAUUCUUUGUUACACAUCCUGGAAAACAACAUCCACACAACAGUUUAUAUUUAUUAUUCUACCUUUAAGUUGUGUAUUAACACAUCAAUUUGUACUUCUGCAAAUAUUUUAGCAGUGAUUUUGAUGUUAUGGUUCAGUGUGCCCCUUCACAGGCUUGCUGUCUCCAAAACAAGUCCCCACCGUGGUGGUGCUAGCGGUCCUACUACUUGUACUUGUACACUAUACAAUAUAAUUAUGUACACCUUUUGUAAGAUAGACAUUUUUGUUUGUACUAGCUAUUUUGAAACCAGCGCUGUAUCCUUUGCAUGUGACCUUGUGGAAUAAAAUGUCUGUUUUUCAUGACUAAUGGUCUAAUUCAUUGAGCUGUUUGGUGCCGUGACCCGGAUUGA